UAUAUCGGCCAUGCAACACCCUUGACACUUUAAAUGUUACAGCACCUAAACACGUACUGCAAGAGGGUUUAAUCGAGAAUCCCGUGCAGUCACAUGUUGGGAACAAUACACGGAUUGCUAGUGUUUACUGACCGAUAACGGAUUCCGUGGGGUCGUCAGAUGACAGCAUGGCCUCGUGUGACCAAUUGCACGUUAAAAUACACAAUUUUGGAAUUUACAAGAAAAAUGGGAAACGGGCAAUAUUGCAGCUGGACUUCCCCGGAGAGAGCAUCUACCUCAUACAGAGGGGACAUAUAAAGAAGACAUACAACUUUGAACAGCUGCAACACUUCGAUUCCGAGGAGGGUCUGCACAUAGUUCUGAAAUUCAAGGACAGUGAAUUUGAAUUCGAUGCUGAUAAUGUGGAGGAGAAGUAUACCCUGUGUCGCCUCAUCAGCCUCGUUCUGGACAAAGACGAGGAGGAGGAUGGGGCGACAACUCCGGGCAUCAAAGAUUCGGGUCGGCGUGUGUCGGUGUUGCCAACACUGCCGAUGUUGGCUGACAAGGUCAUCAAGGAAGCCGUCCUGGAGAAGAAGGGGAACACCACCAUCACAACAUGGAACAAGAGACGGCUGAGGGUCACCCCAGGAGAGUUUUCCUACUAUAAGCCUGGCACUGAGUUGGCUUUAAACAUCGUGCAAGUAUGGGAGGACAUCUGCAGCGUCAGACGUUCCGGGCAACAUGGGUUCAACGUCACCGUGAGAAACAGGGUAUACAGUUUUCGACUACUCCACGACCAGAGGGCCAAUAACCCGGAAGUGGAGAGGGAAGAAUGGAUUGAGGCGUUCCAGAAGGCUAUGAAGUCCAAGCGCCACACCCUGGUGAUGCUGGAGAAGACGUCAUCCCUGGACACCCCCCGGAGCAACCUCACGGCCUUCGAGUUUCCCAGCCAGCCUGCUGAAGAGGAACCAGUCUCUAUAGAUGAACUGAUAAAAAGACGCAAACAAUCAACUGAGGAGAAUAACAACGAACCACUGGAACAAGUGACAUUGAGGAAACCGGAAGUGACGAAACACUUCAGCGUUCAUCUGAGCUACGUGGAGAAGACCACGCCCUUGGACCAUCUUCCUACAUCCAGUCGUCCCAAGCCUCCUGCAUUCGUCAGGCAGGACGCUACUGCCCGAGCCGAUCUGUCCAAGGUUUCAGGCGGCAGUAGCUCAGAGACCGAGGUGUCUGUUGAUAAUGGCUCCAGUGGCACCGAUGACGUGGCUUCCGUCCGUGCCAAAUGGAACAUUAUGGACAAAAAAUCGUCAGAAAAUAGUUCCGAUAAAGCAGACGUCGCAUCCGGGUCACACAACACUGGGAAUGUAAAUAGGUCAAAACGAGAACAGUCAACGAUGGAGGUGAAAAUAGAUUUUACAGAACCGGAACCGGAUUAUCCCCCUGACGACAAACCGUCUCCACCAGAAGCGAAAACAUCCAAGUCACUACCAGGACCACCACCGUCAUCACCAAAUGCACCUCAGCUACCACCUCCGCCAACAAUACCUGCACCGAUUCCAACUCCAAGAACACUAACAUCCAGUAACAAUCAACCUACCUCUCCUAACACCAAUAACACUCACCCUACCUCUCCUAACGCCAAUACCACAGCUCUCAGUGACACGGCUGGGGUAUACAACAACACAGAUCUUCCCCCAACUCCAACAUCACCUGCACCAUCACCGACAAAACGGGCCCCUGCUGGAAGUGAUGAUAAGUACAAGGACCGCCCCCUUCCAUCUCCCACCACCCCACCACCCCCCAUCCCCGCUCACAUCCCGGCUCCCCUCCCUGAAGAGCAAUAAGCAUGGGAUCAAACUGAAGAUCGUUCCCAAAA